AUGAGGAAAGUCAUAGCUGUUGAUGGGACAUUUUUAACGGGAAAGUAUCGUGGAGUGUUGUUGUCUUCCGUGGCACAAGAUUCAGAGAACCAUAUUUUUCCUGUGGCAUUUUGUGUAGUAGACAAGGAGUGUAAUGCCGCAUAUGAAUAUUUUUUUGAACAAUUGUCUAGCAUACACCCCGACAGUGUUGAGUUGUGUAUAAUUUCUGAUAGGCACAUAAGCAUCGAAAAUGGGAUCUCAAAAUUUUACCCUCAGGCUCAUCACGGAUUUUGCAUGAGGCACCUUGCUGAAAAUCUUCGCAAAAAUUUUCAUUGCGGAUAUUUGCUUCACCAUUAUUAUUCUGCAUCUAAAGCAUAUAGGAUUGAUGAGUUCAACGAUCAUUUUCAACAAAUCAAAGAUAACGAUGUAAGAGUUGCCAAAUAUCUUGAGGAGGAUGUUGGGUUUCACAAAUGGAGCAGAGCGCACUUCCCUGGUAACAAGUUACUGGACUUUCCAGUUCAAACAUCUAAGAAGGUGUUUCACACAUCUGUUAAGAUGUUUCAAACAUCUCUUAAGAUGUAUGAUGUAUUGACCACAAAUAUUGUUGAGUCUGUUAACUCAAUGUUUCUACUCGAAAGAGAAUUCCCCAUCACUGCCCUAUUCGAUGCUAUUAAUAGGAGGUUUGCUCAAAAAUUCCAUGAGAGGCGUAUGCAGUUCCUCGACACUCCAACCAUUUGUGUCCCUUCAGUUGAAAAGAAGAUUAAUAAAAAUGCAACAUUUGGCAACAAGCUAUUGGUCCAUCCAAUAAGGCAACAAGUGUUCAGCAUCACCGGUCAUGAUGCGGUUGCAAAGGUUGAUCUACACAACAGAACAUGUUCUUGCAGAGAGUUCGACCUAGACAAAAUACCUUGCCCACAUGCUAUGGCAGCCUUUAGAGUUGAGUUUGGUGAUCAAUACGUAACAAGCAUUUAUGAUUAUGCUUCUGACUUUUAUUAUAUAGACACAUACGUGAAUGCAUAUGUCAUAGAAAUUAAUCCAAUGCCUUCUGAAGAAUGUUGGGAUGUUCCUCCGGAGCUUGUUGAGAGAAAAAUACCUCCACCUUCAUGUGAAAUUCAACUGGGAAGAAGGAAGACAAAUCAUAUUCCAGCAAGCGGGGAAGUAAAAAAGAAGCAAAACAGAUGCUCCAUAUGCAAAAGGACUGGCCACAAAAGAACUACUUGCAAGAAGAGAACUGAAGGAAUAAGCAACUCCGUUGUGGCUUAA